GGUAGGUCUAAUUUUCCUUCCCCUUUUCUUCCUCCACUCUCAAUUUUCAUACCUUCCUCCUAACCGUUGCUUUCCUCUCUCUUCACCAAGCAUUCAUCUAUCCCAAGAUGCCAUUCAAAAGCUCUCAACCAGACAUCGACCUACCAACAAACAUAACAACCUGGACUUGGCUGUUCUCCUCGCCCGCCUCGCCCCUAUCCAAGAAUCCCGACUCUGAAAUAGCCGGGUUCAGAAACGCCCUGACGGAACAACGCAUCUCUUAUUCGGAAGUCAAAAGACACACCACACACCUCUCCACCGCCCUCGUAAAGCACCACGGCCUCGUCAAAGGCGACGUCGUAGCUCUAUUCAGCCCAAACACACCAUGGUACCCCGUCGCCAUGCUGGCCGUGAACCGCGUUGCGGGAAUCGUGUCAGGAGCCAGUCCAGCCUAUAAUGUAGAGGAGAUGACCUAUGCUCUAAAGACUGCUGGGGCGAAGUAUUUGUUUACGGUGCCGGGGAGCAUGCAGGUGGCGGCUGCUGCGGCGAAGGAGGCGGGGAUUGGGAAGGAGAAAGUUUUUUUGUUGGAAGGAAAGAUGGAGGGGUUUAUGGGGAUGGGGGAGUUGCUUGAGCAGGGGAGGAAAGAGAGGGAGCAGGUGGUGGAGUAUAAGUUAAAGGAGGGGGAGAGGAAUGCUGAUCUUUGUGGAUUUUUGAGUUUUAGUUCUGGGACGACGGGGUUACCUAAUGCUGUAAUGAUCUCCCACGCCAACGUAAUCGCCCAAUGCCUCCAAAUAGCCCUCAUCACGCCCCCAACCCACAAAAAGAUCCUCGCCGUGCUCCCCGCCUUCCACAUAACCGGCCUCGUGCACGCCCUGCACCUGCCAAUCCUCCUGAACGCAGAAGUCUACAUGUUAUCUUCCUUCACCAUGCCCUCCAUGCUCUCCACCAUCUCCAAAUACAAAAUCUCAGAACUAUUGCUCGUUCCGCCGAUUUUGAUUAGGAUGGUGAGGGAUGAGGUUGUAAAGGAGUAUGAUCUGAGUUGUGUGGAGCGUUUUAGUUCUGGGGCCGCCCCGUUGAGUGAGGAGAUUAUUAGGGCGUUGGAGAGGAGAUUCCCUGGGACGGGGUUUAAGCAGGGGUAUGGGAUGACGGAGUCUUGUUCUUGUAUUACUGCGCAUCCGCCGGAGAUGUAUGGGUUUGAGCAUGCGCAUAAAGUGGGUGCUAUUUGUGCGAGUACGGAGGUUAAGAUCGUGGAUGAGGAAGGGAGGGAACUUGGUAUCAAUGAACCGGGGGAGUUGUUGGCGAGGGGACCGCAGAUUACGAUGGGGUAUUUGGGGAAUGAGGAGGCGACGAGAAAUACGUUUGAUGAGGAGGGGUAUCUGCAUACAGGGGAUCAAGCAAUGGUGGGGGAGGAUGGCAUGGUCACGAUCACGGAUCGUAUCAAGGAGAUGAUCAAAGUGAAAGGAAUCGGUGUCGCUCCUGCUGAGUUGGAAGAUCUUUUGCUUGGUCAUAGCAAAGUGGAGGAUGUUGCUGUGCUUGGGAUAGAGGAUGAAUACAGCGGGGAGAGACCAAAGGCUUUUGUUGUUUUGAAAGGGAAUUUGGAACGAGGUGAGGAGGCAGGAAGAGAGAUUCUGAAGUAUGUAAAAGAGAGAAAGGUGAGGCAUAAGUGGAUUAAGGAGGUGGAGUUUAUUGAUGUCAUUCCGAAGAGUGCCAGUGGGAAGAUCUUGAGGCGAGUCUUGAGGGAUAAAGCAAAGGCCGGGGAAAGGGGUGUCGUGGUUCAGGAUGAGGAGGGUGUGAAGGCUAAGUUGUAGAGUAGAUGUGUAUGUACAUCUUGUGAACAGAUGCGAGAUGUUGAUUGGAUUAAUUGGUAAAAGAGAUCAUUCUCGGCU